AUGAAUCAGGACCUUGUUUUUAAAGUCGCUGAUCUUCUUAACAAAACAUUCACAGUCACAAAUAAAUCUCAACGUUUAUCAAUUGAAGAAGAGCUUGAAACUAUUUCUCAAGACCAAGAAAAUUACUUGCAAGCUUUAAUCGGAAUACUUUCAGCAUCCAGCCCCGACAUAAAUCCGCAAAUCAAGAAUUCAGCUGCAAUCCAGAUAAAUAGGUUCAUUAAAAACAUAGAUAUGAACUCUACACCUACACAAACAAUUCUAUGUUAUGUCCAUAGCCUUUUUACUACUCUGACAAGUCCAAUUCUGGACAUGCAAUUAAGAGCUUCAUUAGGAUAUGCUUUGGCUCCUAUUUUCAUUGAGGCAAGUGAUGAGAUACUUUCAUCUAUUUUCCCUUACAUUUUUGUAUCACUUGAUGGAGAUAUCCCUGCAAUUCUAGGAAGUCUAAGAAUUAUUCGAUCAAUUUUUAAUGGAGAAACUCAAAAUGCAUCACUGACUAGCCAUUUUAAAUAUGUGUCUGAAAAAUUGAUAGAGAUUGCCAAAAAUAUUGUGGAAAAAUUAAGGGCAGGAGAGAUUGAUAUGGAUUUAGCUCAUAUUUUGUCAGAAAUUUGUGGAUGCUUUAACACGAUGCUUGAGCAUUUUGAAGUCGUGAAUCGAAGGUUUCUAGGAGAUGUUAAAGAUAUGGCCAACUUAGCUGAAAUUUUUGCCGAAAUCAUUGGAUUUGUUAUUAUUGAUAAUCCCAUUGGUGAUAACUGCUUGAUUUAUGUGACUGAUCUGCCUUUUCAUAUAAAAAUAAAUAACUCAAAAAAUCAGCUCUUGCAAGGACUUAAUUUACUUUUGCUAUAUUUAUCUGAGAAUAAAAACAAUGAUUUUGAUAAUGCUCCUUUAAUGGGUCUUGAUAUGCCUGAUUCUCCAUUUAUAGCUAUGCUUCAGCAAUUAAUAGAAAAAUUGACAGUCACUUUGCAUCUUAUUAUUUCUCAGCCUAAUUAUGAAGAUCUUCUGCAUAUACAUAAAAAAAUGCGCUGGCAGACUACCCAGUAUCCUGACCCCAUUCUUAAGCAUCAGCAAGCAACUGUCCAUUGUAUAGGAAAAGGCAGAAAGAGGUCAGAAACCCCUAUGUAUAUCGGGCUGGGUUUUUCUCAGUUUUCAGGAGUUAAUCUAUAGGACUUAGAUUUUUACUGGAAACAUCAUUGGAAAGGACAGGAUCAGCAAAAAACCCGAGCGGAUACAAGUGCCUUGAACAGGAAUCAAAACGUGACAUCUGUCUAAAAGAAAAUGGGAGUUUCGACCCAGUGUUGGGCCUUAGGCUCCAGAAGUCAUUGAAGUCAAGAACCCCUGCCUAUGGCAGCAAGUAAAGAUAUCUGCCGGAGUCUCUCAAGUAUGAUAAAUAGGGGUGAUUGGAAAUCCGGCCCGCCAAUUCCGAAUCUCUAAUCUUAAUCUUAUGAAGAUCUUCUGCAAAAAAGCUAUGUUUCAGACUACUUUAUUGAAAUUCUCCUUAUUUUAUUCAAGCUUUCCUCAGAAAAGCGAUUUUCCUGGCUAUUUCUGCAAAGCUUCAAAGGAAUCAUAAUCGAAAUUUGUUUUCCUUUAAUAAAAGCAUUUGGAGAAGAUUAUGUAAAUAUUAAUUCUGAUCCUGAAGAAUUUGCAAAUGCUUCAAUAGAAAUUUGUGAACGACAAGGGACAGACACAUUUAAAACUUGUGCAUCACAGUUACUGUUAGCAAUUUCAGAAAAUGUUGACGGAGCGCUGAGUUUUAUUAUGACCUUUACUAUACAAACGAUAAUGCUUGCAUUAGCUCGUACUCCUGUUGAUUCCUAUGUAGGGAUUUCUGAAUAUAAGAACACAAAGAUUUUCCUUAUAUCUGAGGAGCAAAGAAUUGAAGUCUUGCUGCUGGCCUUAUGUGUUUUAUCUGAUAAUAUUUUAGCUAGAAAAGACUUAAUAGGAAUGCUUGAACAAUUUUUAUCGACCCAUACAAAAUCUUUAUUGGACACAUCAUCUAUUAUAAUUCAUCACAGAAUCUGUAUGAUAAUUCAAUACUUCGGUCUUUAUUUAUUUAAUGAGCUUCCUGAUAGUUUUUCUCAUUUUAUACAAAUAAUCCUGAGCUUCAGUGAUCCACAAGCAACAAAUCAAGCAGUUUCUUUGCAGGCUUCUAGUGCCUUAUAUUCUAUAAUUCAAGCUGAUAGGCACUUCAUAAGGCUGCAUUCUCUUAUAUAUUCAGUCGUAAGCUCACUCGUGAGCAUAAUCCCCCAGCAAAGGUCCAAUAAUUUUUUUGAAGUUCUAUAUCAGAUAACUUCUCAAAGCUUUGAAGCCAUAAAGCCAUAUUUCUCAGUGCUUAUCCCUCAUCUUGUGAAUAAAAUCCAAUCAGAGCUUCAAAUCCUUUCUACAAGUGAGAGCACAAAAAAGAAGAAAAAAACAAAUCUGAUUAUCAGCAAAUGCUGGAAUAUAAUAAGAUUCAUUGCAGAAAGUGAAAAUAUUACAGUAGAAGAGACCAUUGACUUAGAACAAAAAUUAAUCCCUUUGUUUGAGUAUUUAAAAAACCCUUAUGAUAUUGAGUUUGAUGAUGAUAUUGUUUUAUUUGAAAUUGCUUUGAUAAAGAAGUCACUGCAGAUAAGUGAGGUGUGCUGAAUAUUAUUUAGUCAUAUAAAAUUGAUACAAGAAAAAAAUGAUAACACGUUUAUUCAGAUUUUCCCUUUAUUAAGUUGCUAUAUAUACUAUGGAAAAGAGGUGCUUGCAAAAAAUACACAAGCAUUGCAAGUAAUUGCUGAAAUGUGUAGCAAAUGCUUGGUUGCUAAAUAUAAAAAGCGAACCUCAGAAGCUAUUAACUCUGAAGCAGCUUUAAUUUAUCAGCAAAUGCUACACACUUUUCCAGGGCUGAUAGAUGGUUUGAUUCCUCAAAUUCUUUCUGUAACAAUAGAUCGCAUGACUUCUAACGUAAAGCAUGAUUUUUUCAUGAUUCGGCUUUUAAAUGUAAUUUUAGCCUCAUUUUCUUAUAACUGCCAACUAUCAAUGUCAAUUUUAUCUCAAACACACUGUGAUGAUGGGGAAAACUGCUUAAAUUUUAUUUUACAAAAAAUUACUAUUAACUCAAGGAAUUUUUCUCACGCUUAUGAUAAAAAAGUAGCAGUUAUUGGGCUUGUUUCAUUAAUAUCUCAGCCCACAUUUCCUGAGCAAGUUUCAAAUAUGCUGACUGUUAUUUUUCAAGUAAUUAUUGAUAUUUUAAAUCCUGAUGCACAGCUCAAUAAGAUUAAGAAGGGAAAAGAAAAAAAUAAUUUAGAAGUUGUGAAAACAACAAAAUCCACAACAAUUUCUAUUAAAGGAAUUUCAAAGAAAAAAGCUAUUAGUGAAGAAGAACAAGCGAAUAUGGCUUUGAAAGCAUUAUUGACUCCAAUGGACGAAGUCGAUGAAUGCACAUACUUUAAAAAUAUGAUGAAAACUUUGCAAGCGUCUAAUGUUGAGGCGAUUAAAUAUUUAGUUGGAAGCUUAAAUGUAAUACAAGCAGAAAUAUUGCAAAAAAUAAUAAUGAGCAAAAGAGUUCAGCUGAAUAAUUUUAAUGAUACUGAGGUUAGAAGGAUUGUUAAAGCUAAGUCAAAGCAUUCUAAUAAUUAA